GAUAUUGUAAUGGUAAAAGAAGAUGAAACAUUCCCAUGUGAUUUAAUAUUUCUAUCCAGUAGUAGAGGAGAUGGAACAUGUUUUGUCACAACAGCUAGUCUGGAUGGUGAAUCCAGUCAUAAAACUUACUAUGCUGUUCAAGAUACAAAGGCAUUUCACAAUGAGCAAGAAAUCGAUGCACUACAUGCUACCAUUGAAUGUGAACAACCUCAGCCUGACCUUUAUAAAUUUGUUGGUCGAAUAAAUGUUUACCAUGAUAGGAAUGAGCCUAUUGCAAGGUAGGAAAAUCCAGAGUUUCUACACCUUUAA